GGCCGUUGCGCCCCGGAACGUGUAUUUGGAGGUUUGCAAGUCUUAUGGGUCGGUUUGCAUGGAUGCAACAUUCUAUACGACAAUAUUGAUUGUCGUUUGCUUUUGACAUAGGCUUACGUGAAAGAUAGCCUAGCCAGUGUUUACUUAUAGAUAAUUAAACCCUGGAAAUGUGUCAUAGCCUAGUAGCCUGAUAAAGAAAUUAUGUGCUCACGGUUGGUUAGAGAAAUGGCAUUUCGCCUGAAUGCGUGCAUGCCUGUUUGAUGUAGGACACAUCAGCAGCAACAGGCUUCAACAUUAGAUGUCGUUAUCUAUCUUUUUCGAUCAUCAGAAACAGACACCACGGCGGCUUGAAGGGUAAUGGUGACAGAGUGCUUCCACCAGGAGUUUAUUGACACGUCUACCAGGCAGGCAGGGCAAUGCUCGCGUUCACAUCCUCUACUCGUGGUCUUAUUUUGAACACCCUGCUGAUCGCAAGUACCAUUUUAUGACAAACAUUUUAUAUUUAAACAACUCGAUGGGGCUGUGACUAUUUUGGAAUUGUACAAUAUAUCUCACUAACCUGGACAAUGGGAACUCAAGUUACUGGAAGGAAAAGAAUCCCGAAUCGGGAGAAAAUGACUGCAGAAGACGAUGCCCUCAGUCAGAUAGCUAGGGAGGCUGAGGCGCGUCUGGCUGCCAAGCGUGCGGCCAGGGCUGAGGCUCGUGAGAUCCGCAUGCGGGAACUGGAGAGGCAGCAGAAAGAGAUUCAUCAUGGUUCCAAGAGGUACUAUGGUCUGGACAGCAAGUGGGGCCAUAUUGAGCAGUGGAUGGAGGAGAGUGAGAGGUACUCACGCCACUCACGGAGAAACACCUCGAUAUCCGACGAUGAGGAGCGGAUGUCAGUGGGCAGUCGUGGCAGCCUAAGGGGGAAUUUCAUGUCCUCAGAAUUGUGCGGCAGCACCAGCAGUCUGCCUUCCUGCAGAUUCCACAGCCGGCCAUCAGAGUAUAGUGGUUUUCUGGGCUCCAGUUCCAGGGCCUCAUCCAGAGCCAGUUCUGCCCGAGCCAGCCCCGUGGUGGAGGAGCGGAUGGACAGAGACUUUUUUGACAAAGGUUCUAGAACAGCCUCCACCCUAUCGGCUGCCACUUUAGCCUCUCUAGGUGGAGGUUCCUCGCGGAGGGGAAGCUGCGACACCUCCAUUUCUGCUGAUACAGAAGCCUCCAUAAGGGAAAUGAAGGACUCCCUUACAGAGGUGGAGGAAAAGUACCGGCGGGCCAUGGUGUCCAACGCACAGCUGGACAACGAGAAGUCCAACCUGAUGUACCAGGUGGACACGCUGAGGGACACACUCAUGGAGCUGGAAGAACAGAUGUGUGAAAUGAGACGGGAGUACGAGGAAAAGGCCAAGGAUUACGAGCGAGAGCGCCAUGCACAUGCGGUUCUGAAGGUCCAGUUCACGGAGAUGAAAGAAACUCUGAAACAGAGUGAGGAGUUGCUGGUGGAGGCCCAGCAGUUGCGCCUGAAGCAGCACAACUAUGUUAGAGAGAUCUCUGACCUCCAGGAGACUCUGGAGUGGAAGGAGAAAAAGAUCGGGGCCUUAGAGAGGCAGAAGGAGUACUCAGACUCGAUGCGGGAUGAGCGCAAUGCCUUCAGGGACCAGGUGCUCAGGCUCCAGGAUGCUCUGAAGAAACACGGGAUAACGCUCACAUCUGAGCCAACAACCAAUGGUGACGCGGGAGAGAGUGUGAUUGACGGGCAUGUCACCUCAGAGUCUGCCUCCCAGCUGGCCCAGGACAGCGACAGCAUACUAGGAAGAGGUCCAUACUCCAUGGAUCACUCUAGGCAAGUUUGCAUAUAUCUGGAUAUCAUUCCUGAGAUAACACAGGAGGAGGAUGGCUGCUUAGAUGACCACCAGACUCCUCAAAUAGAAGCAGGAGUAUCAGAGGAGGCCCGCGUAGCAGAGUCCUCAUCUUCUCAAUUCAACCAGACUGCCCUCCUGCCUGAGAAGACCCCUGAAGAAGCUGGAGAAGAAGAGGAGGACACACAAAAGAUGGCAACACCUCCUUGUCAAGAAACAAAGAGCCAUCAAGUUCAAGAUCCUGCUGAAGUACAGAGUGCAUCUGUGAUUCUAAAAGAUGGUGAAGACAUGCGUGUGGAAUAUGGCUCAGAAGAUGUUGAUGAUAACGAAGGAAUCAGCACUCAUACAGACUCUCAGUACCUCAAACCUGACACAGACACAUCUGAACCUGAAAGGACGAAUGAGGAGAGAGGGGAAAGCUUUGCUUGUGUCAGUGAUGCCACGGUUACUGAGAAUGAUAGACAAUCAACACACACACCUGUAGAGUCUUCUACUUCUGAUAGUCAGUUAAAUUCCACAGAUGAACUCAUAGAACCCCCGAAGGAAGAGAAGAGUGAAUACAUAGACCCUGGAAUAGAGGUAGGUUCUGAUCCAGUGAGUGAAUCUGGCCUGUCAGCUGUUAGUAAAGACAUACAAGAUCAGACAGGUGAGAGUUCAGAUCUCAAAAACUUUGAGAUCGUAAUUGAAGUCUCCACAAAUUACUCGUCUGAAGCCCACAGCCCUGACCAUGAGGUAGUUUGUGAGGAAGAUACUCUGCUUUCAGAUAGUCAGGCUACUGACACUCUCAAAGUGGAGCCUGCAGAGGGCUUUAUGGAAUCCAUUAAUGAGGUUGGGAGUCCUCCUGAGGACAGCAGGGUGACCAUAUCAGAAGAUGAAAACUCACCAUAUCCAAGUGAGGGCAGAAUAAAUCCCCAGUUAGAUGACAAAACAGAGGGCCCUGUGUCUGAAACCAGCGCUGUGGAAGUCCAUACUGAUGCAGUGGCACAGGCAGAUGCAGAUGCUGAUAGCGGCAUGAAUAAUGAAGAAGAUGCUUUAGAAGCCCUGGAUGAAGCCAAGUUACAGCAACAUUGCAUCAUCCAUGAAAAAGUACCAGAAGAGGAUCAGUCACAGUCUCAUCUCAUCUCUGAGAAUACAGCUCUAGACGUCGUUAAUAACUCCAGUAGUGCAGAUGUGGAGACACUUGGAGAAUCUAAAAUUGUGUCUUUGAGUGAAAACAGUACAGAGUGGCAGGCAGAAGGUGAUGUGUCAGCCCGUCUGACUGAAACUGAAAACACACUGAAGACUGUUACAGACCAAUUAGAGACCUCUGAUGCCUGUGAAGACACACUGAAGACUGUUACAGACCAAUCAGAGACCUCUGAUGCCUGUGAAGACACACUGAAGACUGUUACAGACCAAUCAGAGACCUCUGAUGCCUGUGAAGACACACUGAAGACUGUUACAGACCAAUCAGAGACCUCUGAUGCCUGUGAAGACACAUUGAAGACUGUUACAGACCAAUCAGAGACCUCUGAUGCCUGUGAAGACACACUGAAGAGUGUUAGAGACCAAUCAGAGACCUCUGGUGCCAAUGUAGAGUUAGUGGAGUGUGAUGAAGAAACUCUGACUUCUAAAGCAGUCGACAUCAUCUCUCUACAAAUCCCAUCUGGACUGGAUGCAUCAUCAGAGGAGCAUACUAUGACAGGAAUCACCAAGGCUACAGGACCCUGUGGAACCUCAGGUGAGGUUACUAUGGAUAUCGCUCUCAAACAGGAAAAGUUGCAUGACAUCACUCAUAUGAAUGUAUUGAUAGAGCAGGUAGAGAGCAGCCAAGAGGACAACAGAAAAACAGAACAUGUGAUUGUCUCAAAGACUGAGACUCCUGUACGUGCUGAGGUUAUCUCUGAAAUCUCCUUUGAUGCCCAACUUACUGACAUAGACGUUGCAACAGGAACUAUUAGUGAAGAUACAAUAAAUGACAUGCCAGAGGCAGAAAUGGCCUCUGUAGUAAUCCCUGGAGAGGGGAGUUGCAAACACAGUCAUCAUGAAGAAAACAGUGAGAGUGCUGAGACAGAACUCCGUGCAGAUGCACCACUCGGGGGAGUGGAGGACAACAGGGGAAUAGAGGAUGGAGCUGAGCUAGCACACCUGGGAGAGCCGGCGGGCUCACCGCACACAGAUAAAUCUCUCACUGAAGACACUCCUGCAGAGAAUGAAAUCAUCGCUGCAGCUGCAGAGCCCUCCUCCGUGGCCAACAGCAUGAGCCGACCACAGAAUGAGAGCGGGGCCGCCACGGGAGAGGUAUCUGCGUUUCCCGAGGUGACGUCCAAGUUCGCUGACACAGAGGAACGUUCAACCUCUGACAGCGGAGAUGAUCGAGCUGAUUCACAGUCAGCACCUGUGAGCUUAUCCUCAGAGGACAAAGCUGAGGAAUUUAACAAAGUUGCAGAGAAGCCCGUUUCUUCACCCGGUCAGAGGCCUGGCCCUUCUAGCUGUGAAAAAGAGUCGACUGACGCCUCCACCCAAACACACAUCCAGGUAGCUGCUGGGAGAGAGGACAGUGUGGAUGAGACUACCUCUGAGGAGACUACCUCUGUCCAGGGGUCUGGCUCUGUUCUCUGUGCAGGCGAGUCGACUGACGCCACCUCCUCACCCCACAUUGAAGUAACCACUAGGAGAGGAGGAGGUGCAGAGGAGACGGCAGAGGAGGAGAUGACGACUGCCUCUAUCCAGACAGAAAGCACAGAGGAAGAGAUCCCCAUUGUGAGAGGGGCCGAAGCACUGGAGGACAGUCAGGACGAUUUGAAAUUUCUACAGAGUUGUGUGCUGGCUACUCAACUGGACUUUGAAUUUGACCAAGCACAGGAUCUUACAGGUUCAGCUGUCGCUAUCCCUGUAGAGCCUGUAGAAGAGAUUAUCAAGGAUGGUUUCACUGGAAAAGCAUUCAAGAAGAAAAAGUUCAAGAUCAAACGGAAAGGUGUCAAACGGAAAGAAGACUGCCGCUUGUCAUAGUCUCAUACUGUAGUCCCUUAAUCCCUCCUAAUCAGAUUUACAGUGUAAAUGCAGAUGAUAUGUGAAACAGUGCAGCUCUUACUCUUGGUUUUAGUCUUGGUUUACCUUCACUCUUGCUACAUGAUCCUGCUGUGUACCGGUGUGUGUGUGCUGAUGGAAUGUACAUUUUAUUUAAAAACAUACAGACUCAGGAAUGUACAUUUUAUUUAAAAACAGACAGGAUUUAACAAUUCAUACUGUCUCAGAGGACGCUGACAGAAACAUGCCUUAAUCACAUUUGUGGAUACAUUUCUAUCCCAUAAAAUGUUUGAAUCUGGAUGACCUUUCUGAAUAAAAAAAAAUGUAUGAUUCCAUAUUGACUACGUUCAUAGCAUUUGAUUGGAUACAUGUGAUAUCUCAAACAAAGUGCUGUCUCAGUGAUAUGCAGAGACAAACUAAAUAAAGUACAAUCUUGACAAA